CAUCCAACCAACCAACCGGUCAGACCCAUCAACUUCGUGUUGAAGACCAAGCGUUCCGUUACUCUAGAAAUUAUUUACACAAUGGCUUCUCUCCGCCCACAUCAAAAUCCGUCCGAAAAGCUAUUUAUUAUCAUCGGAAGCGGUGUUUUCGGAGCUACAGUAACGCGAACAAUAUUGGAAGAGGAACCUUCACCUUCUGUGACAGUCAUUGAUAAUGGUUCAAAGCUUGCGGCAAGUCGCGACACGCGCAAGUUUGUCCGCGAUGACUACACUGAUCCUGCCUCGAUGGAGGAUGCUAUGGUCGUCCAUGAACAGUGGAAAAGGAGCAAGAUUUUCAGUCAGUUCUACCACCAAACCGGCCGAAUCAGCGUAUAUUUUCCUUCCGCUUUGAAUAGACUUUGCGCCAUCGACACCAAUCGUGAAGCACUUGGACUUCAGAAACGCUCAAGGCUUACCAAGGCCACAUUGUCAUCCUCACUCGAUCUGAACGAUAAUUUCACAAACUUUGUUAAUGACACAGAAUUGGACGAAGAGGGCGUUGUAUUCGUUUAUAACAAUGAUGAUGGCAUUGUUAUCUGGGACAAAUUCAUGGCUGAACUUGAGAAAACGAACACUUCUAGUUCGGUGGAAUUCAAAAGAGCUACUGUUGAAAAAUUAGUCGUUCAGGAUGCUCACGUGAAAUGUUUACAGCUCUCUGGAGGCGACUUUAUACGUUUGCCAGAUUCACAGGUGGUUCUUUCAACAGGGUCAUGGUCGAUGGAAAUCUUAAAGAAAUCUGGGAUCAGCCUGCCUGAAGUGUCAAGAUGUCCAUGGUCUAUUGGUGUCUUCACAUUCCAUCUCCAAUUAACACCCCAGCAGGUUGAAGAUGUGAAACAUAUCCCGCCAAUAUCUGUGUAUGGUGUGGAAUCACCAUAUGCAGAUGGCGGCGAAUACUUCCCUCCCGACAUGAAUGGAGUUGUAAAGAUUGGGUGGACAAUGCCAUUUCGAAAUGAACAGCCUACAGAGGUUUCACACCAGCUAGAAUACUUCGCCUUUCAAGACAUGAAGAAAUACUUUCGGGUGCUUAUACCAGCACUGAAAGGAGCAAAGUUAGCUGCGAAAUAUACCCUCUGGGAUGCAAUCACUCCUAAUCAACACCCGUUGAUCUCACCACAUCCCUUCGUAAAGAACUUGAUAAUUGCUUCGGCAGGGUCGUUUCACUUUGCCAAGUAUGGGAGUGGCCUCGGGCCUAUGAUCUUCGGUGCAAUGAAUGGUCAUUACGAUGAAAAAUACUCCUGGGAGCAGAAAGGCGACGCAGAGAAAAGUCACAGUUACUUAAGGGCGAAAAAAACAUUGGAUGAUUUCGAAAGACUAGCGGCAGCUAGUGACUACGGAGACAUAGAUAGAGAUUGGUAUCUUUAAGAAUUAUUGAUUCAGACCCAUCGAAAUUACGUAAGGCUUAUCCGUUUGCGCUUGACGUUACAGACUUCUUCCCAUCCUAAUUUGUUGUUCCAAGCCUCUUGGAUGCACUUGAGGGCAGGGGGGAUAUUCUAUUUAUACUAGUUAGCCUCAAUCAACAAAGUCAGAGAAUCGUAC